UUAGCUGUUGUUGUUAGAGGUCGUUACGCCGGUAAGAAGGUCGUUAUCGUCAAGCCACAUGAUGAAGGUUCUAAAGCCCACCCAUUCGGUCAUGCUUUAGUCGCUGGUAUCGAAAGAUACCCAUUAAAGGUUACCAAGAAGUUAGGUGCUAAGAAGGUUGCCAAGAGAACUAAGAUCAAGCCAUUCAUCAAGGCCAUCAACUACAACCACUUGUUACCAACCAGAUACACCUUAGACGUUGAAUCCUUCAAGUCUGUUGUCUCCACUGAAACUUUCGAACAACCAUCUCAAAGAGAAGAAGCUAAGAAAGUUAUCAAGAAGGCUUUCGAAGAAAGACACAGGGCUGGUAAGAACCAAUGGUUCUUCUCUAAGUUAAGAUUCUAA